AUGCAACCAGAAUUUCAAGGAUCAGGUCGUUCGCCUGAAGAAGAUACUCGGGAAAGUUUCCCCAAGAAUGCAGAUCUUGUCGACGACAUUUCCAAUUCAGCAUUGUUGUUGGCACUUCUACCAGCCCUCGACGAUUUCAAUUGCCUGGACGCUCCAGUAUACAAAGGUCGGCGCUCUCCUUGGGUUCGCGCCUUUUGUCAACUCUAUCAUCCCUCUGGACCCUGGGGUGAAAAUACAUUCAAGAAUGUUCCAAAUCAGACUUCCAAUUCGCGACACAGCUUUAAGAGCUAUAAGAUCCCCAGGAUAUUUGCUUUGCUGGAAAACUGUUCUCAUCUGGAAUCCUCGGAACCUCACAAAAGAGUAUACAAGAGACUCAAGGAUUUCAAAGAAAAAGAAAGCUACUAUAAAGAAUUCAUGGAAGCUUGCAAGACCUUGGCAGUCGAGGAAGCGAGCAAAGAAGCCUCUGAACGAGCUCCCAUUCCAAAAAAUGUAUCAGAAUUGCCAAGGAGCGCGCCUGUUGCAGGAAACUCUCAAAAUGUAAUCAUUGUUGAUGAUGCAACUCCCUAUGAAGGGAAACGUAUAUUCUUGAGGAACGGGGUUUAUGUAACCCAAAGCAGCUCCUCUCAGGCCAAUGGAGCUGUACCCAAUCAAGAUACUGCAUUCGCAAAUACACACAACGCCGAGAAAAACAACACUUCCUCUGAAACAACUCAGGCACAAAAUACUGCUGCUAAUCGAGAUGGGGACAGAAAUGUAGACCGGACGGCGGGUACAGUCGACUUUGACAGGGAUGCUCAGGGGCACGACAAUGCAAAGGACAAUGCUACCAACCGAAACCGUGAAAGAAAUGUAGACCUGGUUGUUGAUACAGUCAACAAUAAAGCUUCCACGCACAAUGCUGAGGUCGGCGCUUCCUCUGAAACAAUACAGUUACAAAAUGCCGCUGUUAACCGAGACGGUGACAGAAAUGUAGAUCCGACGGCGGAUGCAGUCGGUGAUGAAGCUUCCACACGCAAUGCCGAGACGUGCCCUACCUCUGAAGCCAUGCAGGUGCAAAAUACCGCGGUCGACCGGCACGAGGACAAAAAUGCAAACCCGACGGCGGAUGCUAUCAACGAUGAUACCGUUGAAUUUGAAUCUUCCUUUGACAAUGAUCCCGACGAACAGGAGAAUGAUUGGAGCUCUCAAGAAACCGAUGAAGUGGAAGCAGUCCAAGUGCCAUUGACCCAAGAUGCUGUGGACUCGGCCGGCAACAACGAUAAGAUGGCUUUGGACAAAAAAUCAUCAGGUAAAGACGCACAUGCCAAUAACGAUACAGAACCAAGUGGAAAAAAGCGUGGUUCUUCUUCGUCAGAGUCAUUGUCGCCGAAACGACGAAGGUUCGAGAUGAGCACCCCUACUGGAAACGAACCACACGAACCGUCGUCACCUGGCACAAAAGGAACAAUGGCGUCUCUAGUCAAACCUGUCUCUCCAGACACACGUCCUACAACUCCUAUUGAUAGAGAGCAGAUUCUGAACCGCAAACGCGACAAGUUGUCGAAUAUGCUGCAGCAACGAGAGAGUCGGUAUGGGCAGGAAGAUACAAUCAUAAAGAAGCUCCACGGCCAGAUUAUGAUUAUUGACGAGGAACUGCUAGAAAUGAUUCUAGCAGAAUAG